AUGAAUCACGAUGCAGAUCAAGAGUUUGGUCUUGACUGGGUUUCCUACAUCUACAACAAUCCACCACAUGUAACAUGUCUUGGGAACAUUGUCUACCUGGCAAAUUCAUCUCUUCCUCCUUUGAAGAUAACACUGGAUAUGCCUAGCAAAGAGAUUUUACUCCAUCAUCUCAAGCGUGGCUUGCAGCACCUAAAAGAGGAAAACUCAGAGAGGUCUGAAGAGCUUUAUGCACGCCAAGCGCGUGGUGAAAUGCUCUCACCAGACAACACCAACUGGCUUGACUUUUCAGGAAAUCUAGUUUCUGAGCAACUUGUUGUCAAUAACCUUACAACUUUAGCUUAA